GCUAUUCACAUUCACAUCGUGCUUACUUCAUCUGUCAUUUACAUAUACCUCGUUAUCCACAAUGGGCAACGGUGGAUGUCUGUUUAUUACAUUGGCAUUGUAUCUAUAUCGUCCGCACCUAUCCAGCUAUUAGUCAUCCAUCAUCUUUCCAUCUGAUUGGCUAAUACACACACAACGGAACCGAGAGAGCUUCAUGCGGGACAAGGCUUCACCCCAAAUUCACCCAUUCACAUCCGCAACCCUCAACGUGUCCAAUACUUCUUUGUUGUGCAAUCUCUCUUCUUUGCUUUCACAUACACCUUGACACAAUCACACUCACCAUUCAUCAGCAGUAAUCAAUCAAUUGUCAAUACCUUCCCUUCAACAUGCGUCUUUCAACAAUUUCCCUCCUUGCUCUCACUUCCUCGGUCCUCGCAGCCGAAGUUAAGAUUGAAGUAACCAAAGCCGUAGAAUGUGAGCGCAAAACUCAAGUGGGUGAUAAGAUCCAUGUUCAUUACCGAGGAAAUCUUGAGGAAGAUGGAAAGGUUGGAAAGGAAUUCGAUGCUUCCUACAAGCGUGGAUCUCCAUUGAGCUUUGUGGUUGGAAAGGGUAGUGUUAUUAAAGGAUGGGAUGACAAUCUUCUCGAUAUGUGCAUUGGUGAAAAGAGAGUUCUUACCAUUCCUCCCGAGUUUGGUUAUGGUGAUAGAGCUAUGGGUCCAAUUCCAGCCAAGAGUACAUUGAUCUUCGAAACCGAACUCAUGGGAAUUGACGGUGUCCCCAAACCCGAAACCAUUAUUGAAAAGACCUCCUCGUCCGAUGCAGUCGAUAGCGCCACCGAUAGCGCAUCAUCACUCUCGGAUAAAGCUACCGAAAAAGCUACCGAAGCAGCAACAGGAGGUGUGAAAAGUGCCAUUUCCGAAGCCGCAGAGGCGGUCAAGACGGCUCUUGCUGAUUCUGAUGGUGAUGGACAGGAGCACAACGAGUUGUAGAUGAUUCAAUUGAUGGAAAAGAAAAUGGAAAUGCUCAAAGGGUUUUGAAACAUGGUCAUGAAGCCCCGCAUAGUAAUGGCCAUGAAUUGUGAGGAUGAUUCGUGAUGUGGAAAUUGAAUAUAAAUAGUAUGUAUUUCCACCACUGGAAAGGCUAUUUAGCAGAGAAGUGAAAGGGGGUUCAAUGGGUCAAUCACCCAUUCCUUCAAUCAUGUUCAUAUGAAAAUAAACAUUCUCAAAAUCUGAAUAUAUGAAUAUCUCAUAUGGCUCAUCCUUCUUUCUAUACUAUGUCAUUCAUUUCCUGCUUUAAGUUUGGUUGAGAUGUAUAUAUACAUAUAUGUAUGGCUAGAAACUUGUCUCACUCACAAUCACAAUCAGUAUUAUCACGCGACUCCACCA